AUGUACGUAGACCCCCUUGAGGACACCAAUAUAGGUGCUGAUAGGAAGGGCAGUUCCAUAACUCAGGAUAAUUCUGUGUCACCCUUCAACAUUGAUGAGGAUUCGAUGUGCGAGGUACUCAAACGCCACCAAGUUCCAUCUGGAUUUCUGGAUGUUAUCUGCCGCUUCGGCGACAGGCAAGUUUUUUCCGACGAAGGGGUAGGGAGCGUUAUCUGCAACAAUCCAAAUAGCUCAUGUCGGGACAUAUUCUAUCAGCUUCGCUAUGCAGAGAGGAAUGGCCGAAAGCACGGCGACCCAUGGUCAUUGCGCCAAACUGGAGUCUACCACCGUUAUUCAAUGCCAGCAGUGGGAGUGGGCCAGAACUUUUGCCUCUUGCUUCACCCAAUGCAGAACUCCAAAGCUCAGAAGCGAAUUUCUAUGGCAGCAUCGACCGGCAUGACUUCAAGGACGAUCGGGUUGGAUCCUGUGCGAUUGCAUGUCUUGAUCAUGUCAUCCUACGUUAAUAACUGGUGCUGGUAUCUCCGCUACAAUACCAAAAACUAUCUCGAACUGGAGGACAUGUUAAUGACCAGUGAUCUCCGUGACCGUGAAGACUACCUCGGUAUGAACUUCAACACACUGCAAGCACUCCGACACUUGGCUGCAAAACUCAUCCCCAUUCCCGCCAUCCUUCGCAAUACGAUAUCUAUAAUUACUGCCCUUCAAACUAUGAACAACAGCUUACCGGGGCCGCAUGAUGAACAAAGGGUUGCGGAGACAUCAUAUCAAUUAAAGGCUUGCUCUUCACGGCUUGAAGGCUACAUUUCUGCCACAGAUGUUCUGCAACAGCGCAUUGAAAACAUGACAAAAUUUCUCGCAGAUGGCUUGAAUCUACAGAAUCAAGACAUCUCGGCCGAAAUUAAUAACCAUCUGCUUACGUUGACAAAAGACACUGUUGACGACAGUGCAACCGUCAGAAUUAUCACGCUUGUCACUUUGACAUAUCUACCUGCAAGCUUUAUAACAGGACUUUUUGGCAUGAACUUCUUCAGUUUCAAUUCUAACACAAGAACACUCCUCAUCUCCAAAAGUUUCUGGAUCUACGUUGCUGUCACCAUCCCUUUGACAUUCCUAACCUUAGGAUACUGGAAAUAUGGAUCGUGGCAUCAAAAGAAACAACGCUUGAAAGAUUUCGCGGCUCUGCGUACCGCGUAA